AUGCGCUGCCGCAUAAACGCUGAACCUGAUCCAGAGCAACGUAAAGCUUUAAAGAUUGAAAGAUCUGCAAAACUUCACGAGAUUCGAAGGAUACUACAGAAGGAGGGCGAGCAAUAUUGGCAACGUAAGGCUGUUGAAGUAGAUGCUUUACGCCCUGACCCACGGUCCUACUUCAACGCCAUCAACAACUUACGCCAACUACGCUCUGGGAAGAAGGCUGCGCCUGUGCGUCUUGCUGACGCAGACGGCAGAAUCAUGGCAGACAUCUCAUGGAAUCUUAAUGCCUUUAAUGAAUAUUAUGAAUCGGUAUUUUACACUGAUGGCCAGCCACUCGACCUCAGGCAGCAAUCGAAUGAGGAAGAUCCAUUCACAAUCGAAGAAGUACGGUCUGCAAUUAUCAAGCAGAAGUCUGGUGGUGCUGUCGGUCCUGAUGGUAUCAGUGCUGAUGCUUUGAAGUCAGCUAAAAACCUAUUCGCACCCUGGCUGACGAAUUUCUUCAACGCUGUUCAAGCUACAGAGUACUGUCCUGACGACAUGCGCUGCGGCCUCAUCGUUCCCAUCUACAAAGCCGGCAAGCCUCUAGGACAUCCAAAAAGCUUACGCCCCGUUAUGCUCCUUUCCGUCGUCCGUAAGAUCUUGACGUCAAUACUCACCCGACGACACACACUCCAUGAGCAGUCAUAUGUGGCAGAGAGCCAAGCUGGUUUCCGCCCUGGCAGAUCGACCACGGAUGGUGUCUUUUACGCCAGGACGAUGUGUGAGCGUGCACUACUUGGCGACUGGUCAUAUUCAUCGGCACUAUUGGACUUCAGCGGUGCGUUUGACACUGUCAUUCGUCAGGUUGCUCUGGAGAGGUUAGCCACUGCUGGCGCACCAACGUCCACCACUGCAGUCCUAGUAUCAAACACAACAGCCCGCACGAAGCUUGGUAAACAACUAAGCAAACCAUUUCCAACGAACAUCGGCGUCGUCCAGGGUGACCCAAUGUCACCAAUAAUGUUUAUAACUUACGCCGAAGGUUCCAUGCGUAAGAUCCGAGAGCAAGCUCUACCCGCGUCAGACCUACCAGCAACUUUCACACAAUACGCAGACGACACCACUGCCCAUCAGCAUGAGCGAUCAUCUGUGGAAGAAACCGUCCCAUGCAAAGCAUCCCAUGCUGACUUUACAACAGGACUGAGCGGCUACACACAAGCUACUAGCAUUGAUCAAUUUGACUGGACGAGAAACACAGGAACAACAACAAGUACAGAAACAGGUCCCUUGUCAGAUCGUUCAACUUGGUCUGGUCACUACCUGUAUAUCGAGGCCUCUUCAAGGACUGCUGAUGAUAAAGCCAUUAUCUACUCACCACAUUACACCACAUUACACCCAAAGGUCUGUACCUUCUCUUUCUGGUACCACAUGUACGGUGAGGACAUCGGUAUGCUGAACGUCUACGUGAAGACUUCCACUGCAAAUGUCAGGGUCUUCACGCAAAGCGGAAACAAGGGUAACAAUUGGCUCCGCGCACGAGUGCUCUUGAACACUGUCCCAGCAGUUACAUCUGGUCAAUUCCAGCUUUCAUUUGAAGGCAUUCGUGGAGGUGGUUAUCGUGGUGACAUUGCUAUCGAUGACAUAGGCUUAGAAGACGACUGCUGUUCUGGAAACACAUCUACCAGCUCUCUCAAAUGCCGGGUACCAGUUAUACAAAAUGGUAUGAGUAAUGCUUCACUCGUUCAAUAUGGCGCUACUGUACAGUUUACAUGUGAUCAUACAUACUUUCUGUGGGGGAAUCCAUCAGCUACAUGCAACGGCAAUGAUACAUUGAGCUCAGUGCCGAUAUGCUAUAGGCUGACCGGCAUAAGAAUUUGCAGGCCUCCAAACAUUAUCACACGGAUAACUGAGAGGCUAUUCAAUUACACUUCAGCACAAGCACUGUGUAGCAGUCACAAUGGCACAAUUCUCUCUGACGCGUCGUUCCACGAUGGGUGCUCAAUUGGCUUGACAAACCAUAACAGAAAGGCGUGGAGAGGAUUACCUCUCAAGAAUAACAAGGCGUGGACUACAAAUGGUAUUCAAAUAGUAGACCUGUCCUUCCGUUUACGCGUAGUGUGCGAGAUACCCUGCCUUCCUCGACAAAAUGAUCAAAUGGAGUCUAAAACAAUGGCUGAUGAUAUCUCUUGUCGAUAUGAUGCUCUCAACUGCAGUGUACCAGAAAUACCAAAUGGUAUGAGUAAUGCUUCACUCGUUCAAUAUGGCGCUACUGUUCAGUUUACAUGUGAUCAUACAUCCUUUCUGUGGGGGAAUCCAUCAGCUACAUGCAACAGUAAUGGUACAUUGAGCUCAGUGCCGAUAUGUUAUACAUGCAAAGCAUCCACUGCUGACUUCACAACAGGACUGAGCGGCUACACACAAGCUACUCGCAUUGAACAAUUUUACUGGACGAGGAAACAAGGAGCAACACCAGAUCUAAACACAGGUCCCUUGUCAGAUCAUUCAAGUGGGUCUGGUCACUACCUGUAUAUCGAGACCUCUCCACCAAGCCAGGCUGGUGAUAAAGCCAUUAUCUACUCACCACAUUACACCAUAUUACACACAAAGGUCUGUACCUUCUCUUUCUGGUACCACAUGUACGGUCGAAACAUCGGUACGCUGAAUGUCUACGUGAAGACUUCCACUGCAAAUGUCAAGGUCUUCACGCAAAGCGGAAACAUGGGUGACGAAUGGCUCCACGCACGAGUGCUCUUGAACACUGUCCCAGCAGUUACAUCUGGUCCAUUCCAGCUUUCAUUUGAAGGCAUUCGUGGACGUGGGUUCUAUGGUGACAUUGCUAUCGAUGACAUAGGCUUAGAAGACGACUGCUAUUCUGGAAACACAUCUGCCAGCUGCGCUGCGCUGGGUAGUUUGCUGAUCGCUCUUACCGAUGUUCAUAACCAAACCUCAUACGACCUGGUGAUUACAAUGAUCGCUGCUAACAACACUCCUGAAGUUGUCACUCUGUACAACCAGAUGCUGUCAUCCACUUAUCAUCCUAGCGCUAUUCCAGCAGGCCUUGCUACCACACAGGUCAUAGUUGCUGUGUUUGCAGUGGGCACUACAACACCUCUCAAUGUCUACAUAAAGGAUGAAUCUGAGGUGACCCAGAACAACUUGCUCGCAAUGAUGAAGGACUCGCGCAAUUACAUGAUGCAGGGUAUGGUGGCAAGCAGUGCUGCUUCUCCAACUCGCCCUCUUACUGCUCAAACCACCUGGAAGGUUGCUGGCACACCUACCCCUACUGCUCAUUAUCGCAUCUUCAAUGCUGAUUGCUAUGGUUCAAGUCCUCCUGAUACUUGUACUCGGCCAACAUAUACAGCCAUCUCCAUGAAUGCCAGCUCCCUUACUUUUCUGACGUAUGGUGUUUACGAGGUCGUCUUCCAGGUCACCACAGGCUCUGGACCGACGGCGAAAACUAAAUACAUUACACCACCUCUCCGCCUCACUGUCAACACUGACAUCAUACUGGGACAGACACCUGUAUGCCCACUUCCCACUACUGACUCUCCUAUGGUCAAUGUACCGUGUACCUGCGAAGAUGGCUUCAGCUGGAAUUCUACACGCUCCAGUGGCCAAUAA